CUAAAAUAACGUAUGGGAAUUUAUUUUCAAAUUGUGCCAAAAAAAAUAAAAAUAGUCAGCCUAUUACUUUAGAUGAUAUGUCUUAAGUGUCGCUUUUAAAUAUUCGAAAGGUCUGCCAAUACAUGACAUUUUCAGCUAUGUUGUCUACAGCCAUGUUAGCGAAAGGUGGUUUGAGCGCAGAAAACACGGGUAAUACUGGCGGAAAUGCUGACGAAUCUUCCUCCCAAUAUGCAGUAAAGAAACCCUUUGGGGAUUCAAAGGACGUAGCUCGUUAUGAUCAUUAUCGUGUAUAUAGUGUUAUGCUGGAUACAAAUCAACACGUUAAUCUCUUCCAAAAGUUGGAGGAACAAAGCGAUAGUUUGACUUUUAUGGGUCAUGCCAGAGAGGUUGGGCAGAGGUUGACUGUUCUGGUGGCUGCGCAUAAAGUGGCAGAUUUCGGAAUCUUGUUGGAGAUAUACGGCGUGCAACAUCGUAUUUUGGCACUUAAUUUCCAGGAGAAAAUCGAUCGUAAUAUGAAAGAAGUUAUACCCGCUGACGCGGCUGGCGCAUCACUUGAUUGGAAGCACUUCUUUCAUUUGGAAACUAUUUAUGACUGGUUAGAGCAUAUGGUAGCACAAUAUCCCACAUGCCUAUCAAUAGUAGAGAUGGGUAACAGUACCCAUGGCGUUCCUAUUAAGGGUUUGAAGUUGUCGCGUAAAUCCACUAAUAAAACUAUCUUUAUAGAAAGUGGUAUCCAUGCGCGUGAGUGGAUUGCACCCGCUGCUGCAACUUAUCUAAUUAAUGAGUUGCUCACAGCUAAACAUGAUGCAAUUCAGAAAUUGGCAAACGAUUUUAACUGGAUUGUGUUUCCGUGUGUCAAUCCAGAUGGCUACAAAUAUACAUUUGAACAUGAUCGCAUGUGGCGUAAGAAUCGUCAACUGUUUGGAACGUGUCAUGGAGUUGAUUUAAAUCGUAAUUAUCCGGAUCAUUGGAACACCACUGGGGCUAGUAGUGACCCUAGCCGCUAUGACUAUGCUGGACCUAGUGCAGCAAGUGAAAUUGAAACCAUGCGUUUGAUGGACUUUCUUAAAGCAAACGUGGAAAAUGAACAAAUUAGAACUUAUAUAGCUUUACAUUCGUAUUCGCAAAUGAUUAUGUUUCCUUAUGGCUAUACAAAAGAGCACGUACCAAAUUAUAAUGAUUUACAAGAAUUAGGAAGCAAUGCAGCUAAUCGUAUACAAGAAAUUAGUGGUCGUAAAUACGUCAGUGGAAGUUUAAUUGAAACCAUUUAUCCAUCUAGCGGUGGAAGUAUGGAUUGGGCUUAUAGCAAUAUGAAAGUGCCAAUUGCGUAUACCUUCGAGUUGCGUGGUCCGUCUGACAGUUCGGAUAUGUUUAUACUACCAGCUAAUGAAAUUGAGCCCACUGCUCAUGAGACAUUCGAAGCCAUCCGUACAAUAGUGGAAGGAGCUAACGAAAAAGGUUACUACAAAUGAUUGAAGCUCAAGAGUUAUUCUGCAUUUUAUAAUUAUAAUUUACAAAUUUACUUAUUAAAAACGUUUCACGCGUAGAAUAAAUUAGUAUCUCAUUCAAA